AAAUUUCCUACCGCUAAACGUUCUAAAACGAUAAUUAGGUGAGGCUGAGAGAGUAUCAAUUUAUCUCCUCUGCAAUACCAACACGCACACACACAGACAAUCUGGUGAGUGCUGAAAGCUCACCGAACCCAGUUUUUCCUGCAGAAUCUCCGGCCAUUAAUGACCUUAGCAAGCUCUUGAGCUCAACUAUUUUGUCCGUAUCAGAGCAAUUGUCAUUUCUUGCUUUCACUUACCGUUUUCACUUCACAGAGAAAACGGUUGACAUCAUUUUUCCGUCCAUCAAAACGGAGGACGUCACCUUGGGUAAAAGGUCUGCUACCAAACAAACUCUUCGAUAUGUCCAGAUACACACUUCAUUUCUUUUUAUUCGGCUUUCUCGUACAAAUGCCGUGUAUAUCCAAGUUGAGCUCUGAUCUGUUUUGAGAGUGUAAUAGAACCCUAGGAAUCAUGUCGAAGCUGAUGCUCAUCAUUGCUCUGCUGAUGGUAUUGGUCAUCGUGUCCCAAAUUGAAUGGAGGCAACCGUUUUUGGGUGACGUGGAUCCUCAAAAGCAGAUUCCGGAUGCGGAAAGAGAGAAAGUUGUGAAAGAGAAGAUUAUCCUGAUACAGGAAAAGAGCAUCCAUAAGCUGAACGAGGCCAUACAGAAUCUCAAUAAAAAACUGAAAAAAUGUGCCUGCUUUAAUAUGACAUUGAACAAUAGUACUUUCGGCCCGCCCGCUGAACAUGUUACUGAGGAGCAGAUUGUGGAUGAUGAGUUUGGGCAACAGGAAGAAGUUCCCGAGAACUAAAAAUGACUGUUUUUCUUGAUGUUUGACCCUCUGUCACACCCCUAAUGUAGCAGUUUUGCAUGAUAUACACUGCUGACAAGAAUAAUAUGUGGUGCUGGUUAUUUCUCUCUCCCAAAAAGAAGGAAAAGGAAAAAAAAAAUGAUUGAAAUGUGGGUUUUUUUAACGUAGGGUAUAAAACUUACCUGAAAAAUAUGUUUGAGA